AUGGCUCCCAUGGCGAAGUCUCUGGCACAAUCUGAGCCAAAGAAGCGCUUCUUCGAGCGACUAGGUCUGAGCGAUGGGAACAAGCUUCACCGGCGGCUCUAUUCCAACAUGAAGACUGAAGCUGUUGAGGGCUGGAAUCGAUUGUCCGCAGAUCGCAAUGGUCUCGCUGCGCACUUGAGAGGCGAUCCGUCGGUGGAGGCGCCAUACGCCUACAAGCACAUAGACGAAGAUGUCCUGAAUAGAGAGGUAGCGCGCAUAUACCACCGGGCCCGCUCCGAUACGAAGAUGAUUUAUGCUCUCGGUCAGGACUCCGAUGACGAGACUUCGGACAACUGGAUCAUUCGCUGGUUGUUGUGGCACGUCUUCCGCUAUCGUGAUGGCCGAAAUGUGCACUCUUCCCACAGAUGUCGCAUGCGAAGGAGUGGAGAGCUUGACUCCCAUUCUGAUGCCUCACCCGAACCCCAGCACACCGAACCCGAUAUGGACCUCGACGAUCAGACGGAAGAGCGUGAGCAUACUUGUGUGGAGCCAGCACUGAGCCGAACGCAGUCCAAUCCCGAAACCACGCAAGCGAUACGUGCUUCUCGCUACUUCGAUCCCGUCAGAGAUUUGUAUAGGACUUGUCCGACUUGA